AUGCUGCAGACGCAGACACAGCACGUUUUCUCUCAUCAACACCAAUACCCGCAGGCCGAUCCGUCGUGGCUACAGCAGCAGCAACAGCAGCAGCAGCAGCAGCAGCCGCAGCCACACCACCAGGCCCAACACCACCCGCACCAAGCGCAGCAGCAUUCCUCUCUGGCCGCCCAGCAGCAUGCCCAGGUGCAGGCCCAGCAGCAACAUUAUAACCGUCUCGCCAUGGUUGGUGGGGCCGGUGGUGCGGGCAACCCCGUAGGCCAGCAGGGCGCGGUUGUCGCAGGUGGCGGUGCCGGGGGUGCUGGUGCCGGGGCGGGCGACGGGGCGAUGGCCAGUGCGGUGACAGUGAUGGACGGUGGUGUCAGCGAGGAGAACCGCAAGGUCUUCAUCUGGGUUGCGGAGCUGUUGGAUCCGGCCCGCCGGGAGGCUGCUCUGAUGGAGCUCAGUAAGAAGAGGGAGCAGGUGCCGGAACUGGCCCUGGUGAUCUGGCACUCAUUCGGUGUGAUGACUGCGUUGCUACAAGAGAUUAUCUCCGUGUAUCCGCUGUUGAACCCAUCCCAGUUGACAGCCGCUGCCUCGAACCGUGUCUGCAAUGCCCUGGCGCUGUUACAGUGCGUUGCCUCCCACAACGAGACCCGGACGUUGUUCUUGAACGCGCAUAUUCCCCUCUUCCUCUACCCCUUCCUCAACACGACGUCCAAAUCCCGCCCCUUCGAGUACCUGCGCCUGACCUCCCUGGGCGUCAUCGGCGCACUGGUCAAGAACGAUUCGUCGGAUGUCAUCAAUUUCCUGCUCACAACGGAGAUCAUCCCGCUCUGUUUGCGCAUCAUGGAGACCGGAUCUGAGCUCAGCAAGACCGUUGCCAUCUUCAUCGUGCAGAAGAUCCUGCUCGAUGAUAUUGGCCUCGCCUAUAUCUGCGCCACAUACGAACGCUUCUACGCCGUCGGCACCGUCCUCAGCAACAUGGUCACCCAGCUGGUUGAACAGCAGACUGUUCGCUUACUGAAACAUGUCGUCCGUUGUUUUCUUCGUCUGAGCGAUAAUAGCCGUGCCCGCGAAGCCCUGCGCCAGUGCCUCCCCGAGCCCCUCCGCGACGCCACCUUCUCCUCAGUCCUCCGCGACGAUGCAGCCACGAAACGCUGUCUCGCCCAGCUCCUCAUCAACCUCUCCGACAACGUGGCUGACGGCGUGGCCGGCGCGGCCAUGUGA